AUGGCCGAAAGGUUCCUGUUGGACAAUUACUCACAGCCAGUGAUUAACGCGUCUGCGGUCGAUCCGCAUUUCUAUGUUCGUGUACGACGUUUACGACAGUUGCGUAUUCUGCGCACGAAACUCGUGCAUUUGUGGCCUUUCAUUCGAUUAUGUCCUAUCACCGAUAGGACGGUUACCAAAUACGGAAAGUAG